AAAAAUUCCUAGGAGAUACACGUAGCUGAGGCUUGAUAACCACAGUUUAUCCCAUAUUAUCAAACCACAGUGGACGGUUACCAAAACAUGACCCGCUUCACAUCUCCUUGGAUGAUGCUCUUUGUGCUCCAGGCCGCGGCGUGGUACAAUCCCGCCUACGCCAGCUACGUUAAUCCGCGCUUGGAUAUCUGGUCGGUCUACGAGGGCCUUUAUAACACGGAAUUUGGCUUUGGCGAUCCCAUGCAACCGAUUUCCAUCCGCAUCGACCUACUCCAGGGCGACAUCUGGGUGUUCAACGCCUCGGUUUACCCCGAGUGUCUGUCGUCCAACACCACUAACUGUGCUACACUCGGCAGCUACGACGCACUGGCCUCCAAGACGUAUCGCAAUGCAUCCGUCUUGACCAACGCCCCGUUUUCGACCAACGUGACGCUCUUGUCCCUCAACGGAUUGAACGCGACGGGAAAUCUUGUGUCAGAUGUCAUCCAGUGGAACAACACGGAAACAAACCGAACCAUCUCUCUUACUAACUUUGUGUUUCUCGAUAUGUUCAACCUGGUGGCCGAAGGCGCGCUUGGCUUAGGGACGACAUAUUCCGGAACUGGCGUGCUCAACUACUUCAAGCUGCUCAAUGUGACCGGCUCCGAGUCGUUUGGGCUCUACUGCGGCUCCAAGUACGCGCAGGCCGGCGAAUUGCACUUGGGGUUUGUGGACGAAACCUUCUUCACGGGCGAUUUGGUAGUGUACGACAUGCUCUCGGUGGCCAACAACCCCUCGCAGACUUCACUUCCGGUGGUGGCUCUUACCGGGAUGCAGGUGGAGUCCAGUACGGGCCAGACGUCAGACUUGAACGUAAACAAUACGUUUCCGAUCCCGGUAAUGUUUGAUACCAGACAGUACUUCAGCUUCUUGCCGUACGAUGCGUUGAUUCUGUUGGCAGUUCAGCUUAAUGCAGUCUAUAACCCAGACAACCACAAGUGGCUCGUGGAAUGCUCUGUCGGUGACAUCAACGCCACAGUUAAUCUCGCAUUUGGCGAUUUGACCAUCAAAGUACCCGUGGCUGAGUUGCUCUACUCAUCAAACAAAAUCUUUGCGAGCUCAGGGAAGCCUGCCUGUACCUUAGCGAUACAGCCUGACUACCUCAAGGGAUAUUCCAUCCUCGGAUCCCAGUUCUUGCACGCGAUGUAUAUGGUUAUCAACCACGAUUCGAAGCAGGUUGCAUUAGCGCAGGCCAACACCGACUAUUAUUAUCCAACUCUGAGCAACGUUGAGACCGGUACAAACACCGAAAUCGUGUCGUCACAGACUAGCUUUUCGGCCUACACCUCUACAUACACCGACUGGGGCGUGAGUUAUGUGCGCACGGAGACCACUUCAGGCAAUACAACCCUACUGAUCCCUACCGACCAUAUUCCGUAUGCGAAAACAAACACGCACGACUUCAGCAAUAUCACGCUAACAGUGGUGUCUGUCACCGCCAGCGAUCCUGGGCUUUAUUCGGGAGGCAACUCCAUGUACAUCUCAAACGGCGAAAUAUACACCGCCGUUGCGGGUGCCGUCUCUACCAGAAUGGCCAGCACGUCUUCUAUGUCCCACUCUACCAACAUUGCUAAUAGCUACAGACCGUGGGAGGUUGAGACCGAAGGGCUAGCCGCUAAGGUCUUUGGGCUUGCGAUUUUUGUAUUGGGACUUUUUUUCUUCUAAGUUCGUCGCUUUCACCUGUCUGUCGUUUUUCAACUUAGCAUGUCAUUUUUGCUUAUUUCUGUUUCGUGUGCCAUUUGCCUUUAAUCAAACCGUUUUUCAUCGUUAAGAACCACUAGCCAGGGAGGACUUGGGUCUUGCUCUAGUUACAGGUUUGUCAUUUUUAUUUCCGUUUUGUGUCUAUCAUUUCAAAAUAUGUAAUAUUGG